UGAAAAUAUCUCAAAAAUAAAACUUUUGGUCUCAUACAACCUUAACAAAUGAUUCCUGUAUCCGUGACUAAUGUUCUUACCUUCUUGGCACCGGUAUCCAUCAGCAUUGCAGCAAAGAGGAUGAGAGGAAACAGCAACUUACUUCUCCCCAUGACUUCCCUUCUUCUUUAUCCCCACACAAAUCAUAAGACAAGGCGCCAGGAGCACUCUCAGCAUCCGCGCCUGGAUGCAAGGAGUGUGAUGCACCGCCUUCACAGUUUUCACAUUCAUUUUCACGCUCCUUGAUUGCGUGACCCUGAAAAAGGGGAGGUGCGCAGAUGACGUCCGGCCUGAAACUACUCGCUCGUCUUCUUCUGCCUCACUUUUUUCCUUUCGCCAGUUGCAUCUUGUUGGACAUCAUCCCGCAUAAAGUGGAUUGCUGAGUUCACUGGUUCAAUGUUCAGAAGCAGGCCAAGAUGAGAUUUUCAUGUGCAGCUGUUAGGUGGAUACUUGUGGUGCUCAUCAUUCUACCUCAGCUUAAUGCAGGCAUUGUUGAGGGUCCAUGUGAUGGUAGAGACUGCACUGAGUGUCGAUGUCUCCCUGCCAAAGGUGCACGGGGCUCACCUGGUAAGAUAGGCAAGCAAGGACCUAGUGGGCCAAUGGGACAAUGGGGCAGUGCUGGACGGCGCGGAGAGAAAGGAAGGAUGGGAAUACAAGGUUCACCAGGGCCAGAAGGACCCAAAGGAGCCCGGGGCAAUAUCGGGCCGCCAGGUUUUCCUGGUCAUGAGGGCUCAUUGGGUCACCCCGGAGCAGGUGGUGAGCCUGGUUAUCCUGGAAAGGAUGGCUGUAAGGGGGCUCCUGGUCAACCUGGCAUCCCCGGUAGACCUGGUGCAGAUGGCCUGCAUGGCCCACCCGGAUUCCGUGGCCCAAAAGGACACAAGGGAGAACCCUCGUUUGCUGAUUACCUUCCUGGACUUCCUGGAGAUCCUGGUCGACCUGGAGAUCCUGGUCUACCUGGUGAAGUCGGCACCCCCGGACCAAAGGGUGACUUCGGGAGUCCGGGCCCACCUGGAAAUCCGGGCUCGCAAGGGUUUAAAGGUGUUCGAGGACCACCAGGUGACCCUGGAAGACCACAGCCAGGCACAAAAGGAGAUGAUGGUGAACAAGGCCCACCCGGUGAACCGGGACCGCAAGAAAUCAUCGUAUUGCCGACUGGUGUCCUCCCACCAAAAGGUUCCAAGGGCGACAGAGGUUUUCCUGGACCCUGUGGACCAAAAGGCAAACAAGGUGGUCGAGGUGACUCAUACUACAUCCAAGGAAUGAAAGGAGAGGAUGGAAUUCUUGGUUUUCCUGGACAGCGGGGUUUUCCAGGGUUACCUGGCAGGUCAGGGCCUCCAGGACCUGAGGGUUUGCCAGGAGACAGAGGGCUUCCAGGCCUCAUUGGGACACCUGGACCAAAAGGCUACCGUGGAGACACAGGGCCACCUGGUCCUACAGAGUAUAUGAAAGGGUCUGUUCUCAGAGGGCUAAAAGGUGAAAAAGGAUAUCCUGGGGAUCCUGGUAUACCUGGUGAUCCUGGAUUAAUGGGCACGCCUGGCCCCCCUGGCCCAAAAGGACUACCAUAUUCAGGGCCCACUGUGCCUGGUCCACCUGGACCUCCAGGCCCCAAGGGAUUUAAGGGAGAGCCAGGGAGGUUCACAGGCUUAAUCGAUCCAAUCCCAGGACCAAAGGGAAGAAAAGGAGUCCGUGGAAGGAAAGGUGUCACUGGACCUCCUGGUCCCCCAGGUUGUGGUGACCAUGAAUGUGUGCCUGGUUAUCCAGGCGACCCUGGCGAUGUAGGACCCCCAGGACCUCCAGGAAACAAAGGCCUCAAAGGAAUUAAAGGAUGUGAAGGAGAAUGUCAUUGUGACUUCACUGCAGGACCUCCUGGUCCACCUGGUCAGCGCGGUUUACCAGGAGAUCCAGGAUUACCGGGAACUCCAGGGAGUAAAGGCGACCCUGGACUGAAAGGAGAAGAUGGUCCUGAAGGGCCACAUGGUUUUGAGGGAUAUGUGGGUGUAAAAGGAGAAAAGGGACAAAAGGGGGAUGGUUUUUCCAGAGUGAAGGGCGCAAAAGGAAAUCGAGGAGAUACUGGGCAUCCUGGUUCUCCUGGGCAACUGGGUAAACCAGGACUAGAUGGUCCUUCUGGACAGCCAGGUGAUCGUGGACCACCAGGCGACAGUUAUAUAGGUAGGCCUGGUCCCAAAGGAGACCCAGGUAUGGUUGGUCCUAAAGGUUUUCCAGGUGGUCCAGGGCUUCCGGGUCCUGGUUUACCAGGCCCCCAAGGUCCAGUAGGACCAAAAGGAGACGAUGGUUAUCCAGGUAGUCCUGGAAUUCCUGGGCGAAAGGGGCCUCGAGGGGACACAUGUUGUUAUGAUAAUACAACUGGACCUCCUGGUGUUAAGGGAGAACCAGGAUCACCAGGUAUUCCAGGUUGGCCUGGAAUAGAUGGAAUCCCAGGAGCUCCAGGACUUCCUGGACCUAAAGGCAUGAAAGGAGAUGAUGGUGGAAUAGGACGGAUUGGACCUCCUGGGCCACAAGGUCCAAAUGGAGAUCAAGGUCCCCCUGGUACAAACGGAAAUAGCCUAGAUGGUCUUCCAGGCCCUCCUGGUCCACCAGGGCCACCUGGGAGGAAAGGUUCCCCUGGAGAUGCACUCUAUGCUUUGCCAGGUCCUCCAGGUCAACCUGGCCCACCUGGACAUAUAGGGAGAAAGGGAGAUCCUGGCACUCCAGGAAGAGCAGGAGUUCCAGGUGUACAAGGCCAACCUGGAUGGCCAGGUCGAAAAGGGGAAAAAGGAAUUGAUGGUGACCAUGGGGCUAUUGGACCUCCAGGCCUACCUUGUACAUUAUAUGAGUUAAUAGGACCUCCUGGACCCCCAGGCUUUCCAGGCAACCCUGGACCGAGGGUUCCAGGUUCUCCUGGUCCGAGGGGCCCAAGGGGAGAUACUGGCCCACCUGGUCAUGGCCCUGUAGGUGCACCAGGUCUCCCUGGUCUUCCUGGUAUUCCAGGUCCCGCAGGGCCAAGAGGCCUUGAAGGUCCUCCAGGAGAUUUUGGGGACGAUGGCUGGCCAGGACGGAAAGGUCGGAUAGGAUUUCGUGGCCGGGAUGGAAGCAAAGGUUUACCAGGCCCUCCUGGACCUCCGGGACCCAGAGGAAAGCAAGGAGAAAUAGGAUUUAAAGGUCAACCAGGUGGCACAGGAGACCCAGGACCUCCUGGUCAUAAAGGAAUCCGUGGCCCUGAAGGAUUACCUGGUGAAUCAAGGAUUGUGAGUUUGAAAAAGGGAGCACCAGGAGCUCCUGGCAGAAGAGGACAGCCCGGUCCACCAGGGCCAAUAGGUGCAAAGGGUCAAAGAGGUGAACAUGGUGAUCCAGGACCAGAUGGGUUCCCUGGUUCACCAGGAAUCAAAGGUGAUGCAGGCAUUCCAGGCCGAUCUGGGAUACCUGGAGAUCCUGGGGAACCUGGGUUGAAAGGUUUCCCUGGACCAAGAGGAUACCGUGGCAAUGACGGAGAGCCGGGUGAUCCAGGAUUAAGAGGUUUUCCAGGGAAUCCAGGUGUUCCAGGAAUUCGAGGACCCAAAGGUGAUCAAGGACAAUCUUUCGGACAGCAAGGCAGACAAGGACCUAAAGGAAUUAAAGGCGAAAAGGGAAUCAGUGCACGAAUUGGGGAGCCAGGGGAUCCAGGUGAUCAGGGUUCCAGGGGUUAUCUGGGAAAGCCUGGACAGUCGGGCAUUCCUGGUGAACCGGGACGAAAUGGUGGACCAGGUUUUCCCGGGCCUAUUGGCCCGCGGGGUCAUCCAGGUGUUCCAGGUAUAGAAGGUGAUAGUGGGUUUAUGGGACCUGUGGGCCCACCAGGACCAACUGGACCUCCAGGAAUUCCUGGGCCUCUGGGUCUUUCUGGACUGGAUGGUUUAAGAGGACCAAAAGGAAUGAAGGGAGCAAUUGGACUAAGUAUCCCAGGCCCCCCAGGACCAGAUGGUUAUCCUGGAGCCAAAGGUUCCAACGGACUGCCGGGGCCUCCAGGGUCCUCUUAUCCUGGGACGAAAGGUGUUAUGGGUCCGCCAGGCGAUUCAGGUAUACCCGGUUCUCCAGGUGAAGCCGGUUACCCAGGGAGACAAUGUGAAAAACCCAUGCCAGGACCUAUUGGAGAUCCAGGAUAUGAAGGGGCACCUGGGCGCCAAGGUCCUCCUGGACAGAAAGGGGAGCCAGGUGGUGUGUCGCUCCACAAAGGCGAUCCAGGGCCAGAUGGGCCAACUGGACCUCCCGGUCGAAAAGGAGAAAAGGGCUAUCAAGGAAAUAAAGGAACUUCAUCAUAUGCAGGAUUUCCAGGACCAAAAGGGGAUAGAGGCCCUCCUGGCUCUAGAGGUUUUCAUGGACCUAAAGGACCAAGAGGUGAACCUGGGCCACAGGGAAGGAAAGGAGCAAUUGGCCCACCUGGAGAUGUUGGUGCUAAGGGUGCUCGCGGUGAAACUAUUAUUGAAAAGCAACGAAGGCCACCAGACGGCCCUCCAGGACCACCUGGUUACCCAGGACCAACUGGCUUCCCAGGCGCUUUGGGUCCACCCGGGCCACUAGGACCAAAAGGACGAAAAGGUCCUACUGGCUCGCAGGGCCUUCCUGGACCUCCAGGUCCUCCAGGUUUUGAUGGUCCUGUCGGCCAACAAGGAGAUCCUGGUCAGCGAGGAUUUGUUGGGCCUGAAGGCAGCCCAGGUGCACGCGGUGACCCAGGAGAUCGGGGUUAUAUAAGGGCAUCAAGCUCAGGCUUUCUGUUGGUUCUUCAUAGCCAGUCAGUUCAAGUGCCCAGUUGCCCUGAAGGGAGCAGUAAGCUUUGGGAAGGCUACAGUCUGGCCUACUUGGAGGGGCAGGAGAAGGCUCAUACACAAGACCUUGGUCAAGCUGGCUCUUGCUUGCCACUGUUUUCCACCAUGCCUUUUUCCUAUUGUAACAAAGCUGCCUGUCACUACUCCGCUCGGAAUGACAAAUCCUACUGGCUCUCUACAACGGCGGCCAUACCCAUGAUGCCUCUCUUUGGCCAAGAAAUUAGAUCUCACAUCAGCCGCUGCGUUGUGUGCGAGACUGUUUUACCCGCUGUGGCUUUUCACAGUCAGGACUCCUCGAUUCCCCAAUGCCCAUCAGGCUGGAGGAGCCUGUGGACAGGAUUCUCCUUCCUCCUUCAAACGGGGGCCGGUGACGAGGGCAGUGGUCAGUCUCUGACAUCCACUGGCAGCUGCCUUAAGGACUUCCGGACUCAUCCAAUCAUUGAGUGCCAAGGCGCACGUGGCGCUUGUCACUACUUUGCCAACCUCUACAGCUUCUGGUUAACUACUGUACACCCUAGAGAGCAGUUUGGAAAGCCCCGGCCACGUACCAUCAAAGCUGCUGAGGAGCAGCGACGCAAGGCCAGUCAGUGCCAGGUCUGCCUUCGACAGUAGAGAAAUUCUAGAAGAUUUGGCCCAACCUUGGGACAAGAAUGCUUUGGAUUGCCAGGUGCUCAGUUUAUAUGAAGAAUAAAAGGUCUGUAAUUAAAUUAUAUGAAUGGCAACAAAUUGGAUUCAAAAAAAUUAAAUACUAGUACUACUGCUGCUGAAAGAUAGAAUGACAUGACUACAUCAAGCACAUAAAAAAUUGAUUCAUUUUCUAUUUUAUACUACUCUUGCCAGCUCAUUUUAAAUGGAUUUUCCAUGUGUCACAUACAGUAUAUACAUUACAUUUUAUAACAGCCAUCUGGGCUAAAUACAUUCUUUGCAUGGUUAUAAGUUACCACUAAUUAAGAUUGCUAUGAAAGUAUUUAUUUUAGUCCAGCACGGUCUUGCCAAGAAAUCCAGCAUAAGCCGGUUUCUGAACCAGCAAGACCAGUACCAAAACACAACAAAUCCAGUAGAACUUUGCAGGAUUUCUUAGCAGCGGUGUUGCCAAUUGGACUUCUACAUCGAGAAUCCUUCAUGUGACAAAGAAAUUGUCUAUCCAAACUACAUGGGUGUCAUGUUUACUUGACAUUCCAUUAAUGAGUCAUUUUUGCUCGCAGAAAUAGUGAAGAAACACCAUUUAGCAUUGCUUUAGUUUAGUACCUGCAGAAGCAAAGUACAAAAAAUAAAAAAAUAAAAUUCACGCCAUGUAAUUGUUUGAA